AUGUCAUUUACUAGAUUCACAAACUGUCAUUUGAUCGACAACGGUGAGUUGUAUGAGUUUACUGACUUGUACGUCAACAACGCCACCAAAAGAAUUUGUCAUCCGCCAGCAAACCCUGAGUUGGUUAGUGAGGUUAUAGAUUUGAAGCAGCAAAUAUUAGCACCUGGGUUUAUUGAUAUUCAGAAUAACGGUAUUUAUGGGUUGAACUUUUCCAAUCUUGGCGAGGAGUCUACCGCAGAGGAUGUUGCUGAGUUUAAGCGGUUCUAUAGAGAUGCUAUGGCCAAGUAUUUGAGUACUGGGGUUACUGCUACGUGUCCUACUGUCACAUCAAGCUUCCCAGAAGUGUAUGCCAAAGUGUUGCCAAUGUACAAGAGGAGUGUUUUGGCAAGUCAGACAGAUUCGCUUGGAGCUCAUGUUGAGGGGCCAUUUAUCAAUGUGCAAAAGAAAGGGUGCCACCCAGUCGAAACGUUUGUUGAUGCCAAAGAGGGUGAAUCAAAAUUGUUAGAAGUUUACGGGGACUUGUUUGAUAAUGUGUGUAUUGUCACUGCUGCUCCUGAAAUUGCUGGUGUUUUAGACUUGAUACCUGUUGUUAAAUCCAAGAACUGUGUGUUUUCCAUUGGCCAUACGAUGUCGGAUUAUGACACAGCCGUGAAAGCUGUUGAGAAAGGUGCUACGAUGAUCACACACUUGUACAAUGCCAUGCCACAGCCACAUCACCGUAAUGCUGGUGUUGUGGGUUUGAUUAAUUCGCCUAUUGUUGAUACCCCAUAUUUCGGAUUAAUCUGUGAUGGUGUACAUGUUGACCCGUCGAUGGUCAACCUUGCAUAUAGGUCGAACCCCAGCAAGUGUGUUUUGGUGACUGAUGCUAUGCACUUGAUAGGUUUGCCUGAUGGCCACUACAAAUGGGACUCGCAGGUUAUUGUAAAGACUGGUGAUCGGUUGUAUUUGGAGAACACCGACACGUUAGCUGGAGCUGCCACUACGUUGCCGCAAUGUGUGCGUAACCUAGUCAAGUGGUCGCAAAUCAGCUUGCCCCAAGCGGUGAUGACUGUUACUAAUAAUGCUGCCAAGUCAAUUGGCGUUGACCACGAGCGUGGGUUUUUGAAUGUUGGGUGUUUAGCUGAUUUUGUUGUUUUAGACAAGAGUGGGUUUGUUCGGAAAGUCUACAAGUUGGGACGUGAAGUUCAAUCGUCAGAUAUACCUUUAGAUAGAGCUACUGAUAAAUUAACUGCUGUUUUAUAG